UCAGUAUAAAAUAAAAUCAAAUUUUAAAUUUUAUGAAAAAGUUUUUAAGGUAUAGUGUGUGUACAGUGUGUCAAAUUCUAGGUAAAAGAUCAGCUUUUCAUAAAUAAAUUAUUUUUUUAAUUGCAGAAUAGAAAACAAAAUAAGUUUACAACAAGUCCUCACUUUGGGUCAUGAAUAGGUUCUUGGAAACUGUGAUCAUUUAUUUCCCACUUUACGGUAUCAAUUUUACUAUUUAUAAAGAAAAUUCAACAACAAUAACUGCAAAUGAUUACAAAGAUAAAAAGCAAGCAAAAGAGUGAUGAGAGCGUGGAACGUCGGUCUCGUCCAUCGAAGUCCGACGACGGCGAGAGCACACGGCAGAAGGAGGAGUCAAAAUCUCCCAAUAAUCCUGAGCCAAAGAGAGAAAAAAUUGAAACCAGGGGAAGUUUAAAAAAUGAACAGGAAAAGAUAAAAUGCAAUUUAAUUAAAGAUAAGAAAAAAGAGAAAUCAGUUAAUGGUAAAACUAAAGAAGAAAAGAACAAUAAGGAAAAACCUAAAGUUACUACAAAAGAAGUUGCUAAAGACAAAAGCGUUCCGGUGAAGGUUAAGGUCGAAGAAGACAAAGAACAGUUGAAAAAGAAAAAUGGUAAAAGUGAAGAUAAAGAUUCUGGAGAAAAAGUUGCUACAAAUGACAGCGAGAUGAAACCGAAGCGCAACGAAGCCAUCGUGAGGAUAGGAGAUCGAAUAAGAGUAAAAUAUGGAAAUGGCAAACAGCAUAAGAAAUACGAAGCUAAAGUUUUAAAGAUAGAAAGAGAAAGUGGUGAAAGAAAAUUUUUUGUACAUUACACUGGAUGGAAUGUAAGAUAUGAUGAAUGGAUUAAAAAAAAUAAAAUAGUAGAAGUUAUUGAAAACAAGAGUGGAAAUGACAGAAAGAAGAAAGGAGUUCUGUGGCCUGGUUCGAAAAGUAAAGAAUUGGUGAAAAGAAGUAAAUUGUUCAAGCUGUCGUUGAGGAAAUCGAAGGCGUCGUCCCUGGCCACUUCGAAAAUCUCCAAAAGUGCGUCGGUGAUUUGCAGAACACGAAGACAGGACAGCGCUUCGGAUUCUUCCAGCAACGGGGGAUCGCAGACCAGGAAGUCCAGAAGAAAACCCCCCGACUCGGACAACGAAGCGGACACGUCACACAACACGAACGACACGGAAUUAGGCCAAGAGUCGCAGAGUCGGUCGGAUCCCAACACUUCGGACGAGACCAUUAAGGUGGAAUUUUCGUACGACGCAGAAGAGUCCAGCGAAGAGAAGAACUUCGAAGAAACUGAGAAGGAAGAAACUGAGAAGGAGGAAGAGCACCCGUGGGAGGAUGGCGACACGCCCGACGACAAAGAAUUGCCAAAGUUGGAAGAGGAAACGGCGGAAGAUACCAAAAUCGGGGUGUUUGCCAAUUUAUCGCCGGUCCUCCCGCCCGAAGAAGGGCCGAAUUCCGCCGAGCAUAGAACAGGUGAUUCUGUGGAUCUGCCCGAUCCGGGUUUCGACAUCACUUCCAAUGGCUUUAUUCCCUGCCAGAAUAUAAAAGUGGAGAAGGACUGGGAAUUAGAAUCCCCGGAAGAAUGCGAGAAAAUCCCGGAAGCGGCUCUCUCCUCCAAGGAUUCGGAGGGAUUGGAGAUGCCGGAUAUUUCCACCGACCAGAACGCCAUUGGGCCGAAACUGGAAAUGGCCGCGGCCAAAACGGAAGAAGAAAAGACGGAAACGGAAUUGGAAGAAACGCUGGAACCGGUAAAUUCGGACGACCUGCAUCCUCCGGAAAUAGCGUGGAAGAUGGAAAGUCUCCCGGAUUCGGCGUCGUCGUUCAACGACGAUCAUCCUCCUCCUUUGGAGAAGAAGCCCGAUUUCAGUCCCGACGCGGGAGAGGAGAGGUACGAGACUCGACCCCUCCUGGAACGCGCCGUCAGCGAAACCGAAGAACUGUCCUGCAAAAUUCCCAACAUCACCCUGCGGGACUAUUUAGGGGGGGAGAAUUCCGCCGACGAGGAGGGCAGCGUGGGAAAGUCGUCUUCCGAGUGCAACUCCCGCUCCGAACACGCCAACGGCGACGGUUUGGAGGCGGAAGACAACCCCCGCCGUUCCUGCCAUCACAAAACGGAGGAGAGGACCCGCCCUCGGGGGGAGGCGGCCACCGCCAAGAAGGACAAGAAGAAGAAGAAGAAACUAUUUAAGGCGGAAGGAGGAGACGUAAACGCCGACCUUUCCGGGAAGAGCGAUGCCGAAAAUCGGGAUCGGAAAGAAGGGGAACCGAAGAAGAAGGCCAAGAAGGAGAAGAAGAAGAAGGAUAAGAGACCGGGCGAGAGCAGUCGAGAAGCGGAAAAGGAAUCGUCGGAAGGAUCCGGUUUCUGCAAGAAAGAACAGAAAAGGGAGGAAGAGCAGGCGACUUCCGCUUUCGUCCGUCCCGGCGGGAAGAACGAGGAAUUCAAGAAGACGAAGAAGAACAAAAAGAAGAAUGAGGCAUCAGAGAGGAAGGCCAAGAGGAAGAAGAAGAAAAAGGAAGCCGGCUCUUUAGAGGAGGGGAACAGCUCGGACAGCGACAAAAGCUCCAAGGCCAGGAAGUGCAAGAAGGACAGGAAGAAGUCGAAGAAGAAGAGGAGGGCCUCGGCCUCGGAGUCGGAUCCCCCGGAAAACGACGGAGUCGAAUCGGCAGACAAGAAGUCCGAGGACUCGGAGGACUCGGCCUCGGACUCCGGCAGAUCGGAUCCUUUUCCGCCGCGCCUGGAAGCGGUGUUGGGCCUCUCUUCCUCUCCAUGUUCCGAGACGGAGCCGAGUGACGCCUCGCUGGAUCCUGCCUCCGAAUCAUCGGUGGACUUUUCGGCCAACGCCUCUUCCGCCGGGCCCGAAGGCCCCGGGGAAGCGGUCCGGGUGGUGGAGGCCUCGACGGUGCUGGACAACACGCCUCCCACCACGCCCGACAGCGCCCCCUCCUAUUUGUCCAACUCGCCCGCCUACGAUGGCGACGUUCCCCCCAAGGAUGAUUUGGCCGAAGAUGCGGACGGGACCGAGGCCACGGAGAGCGAAGAUUCCCUCUCGCGGACAGAAAGCGCCAUCCUGUUUCUGGCCAAUCGGGCGGCGUCCGGCAAGAACGACUCUCGCGCCAAGAGCGCCAACGCCCUCAAGCGCCAGUCAGCCGAAAUCGAAGAGGCGCGCCUCUCCAAGAAAAAGAGAACUUCCAAAGGAUUUUCUUCGGGGGGAAAGAGGAACCACCCUAAAAAUGCCAAAGGCGAGCAGAAGGAAUACGCCUCCGACAACACUUCCGGUUCGCAUCGCUGCGGUCUUCCGGCCUCCGCUUCCAACUCCGCCUCCGGCACCCGAACUUCCAAGUUCAACUUUUACGUUCCUUUAGAUGCUUACACCGAUCCGGACAAGAGAAUCGCCAUUUUGCAGGAGAGUCUGUCGGAACUGAAGAAGACCUACAUGGCUCUGAAAGCCGAGGUGGCGCUGAUCGACCGACAUCGAAAGAAGGCCAAGAAGAAGGAGAAGGAAGGAGCGGCGGCCGCCAUCUCUCGGCCCGGCAUUCCCGCGGAAAAUGAAGCCGCCGAUUCCUAACGAGCGGCACUUCCGGGACUGGCACCGUCCAUUAUUUUCUGUACAGUCGACUCGACGUUUUUUUAACUCGCGCCGCCAUCCGUAUUUAUAUAUAAAUCUCGCCGCUCCUAUUUUGUAAGGGAUGAUCCCCGCGUAUUUUGUUUUUCGGCGGGCCGAGCCCGCCCGCCAGAAAAUUUGUGGGGCGAGGGGGGAGAAGUCGUCCGUCGGAGCCGAUCCCGCCGAUAUUCGGGGGGGAGAAGGAUCCCGGUGGGAGACGAGGCCGGUCUACGUCAUGCCCGUCCCUCGGCGGGGGGGUGAAAGUGGUGGUCUUCCCCCCGUGCCGAGGAACAUUUUAUACUGUGGUCGGCGACUUUUUUAGUUAAGUUUUCUAUGACGGCGCCCACGCCCAUCUAUAUAUAUAUAUAAAUAUACUAUUUAUUAGAUUGUUUUCAUUUGUAUAUGACGUGAGAUUUUAUUCGGUUGUGGAAUCGCUCGUCCGCGUCUUCUGAAAUUUUAAAUAAAUAUAUUCUUUCAGUAUUCGUUGCAUCUACUCUUCCGACCGACGACGGCGCGCCCUUUCGGCCAUUCUUUACGGACGGAAGUCGCCGGAACCGGAAACGCGAGGUUGGAAAGUUCCGGAUGUCUUUCUCCGAGGACUAAGUGUAAACUAGUCUGGAAUUUUUUUAGAAUCUUCGGGGUAGACGGGCAAAUAAAUUUGUCUUAAAAGACGGGAUGAACGUAUCGAUAAAAAGAUAAGAAAAUAUGAGGUGAAACGAACUACACCGUUCGUCCCGUGCCCGAAUGUAAAUAACUUAUGGACUCGUUUCGCAGCUUUGGAAGUGUAGGGGAUGCAACUUUGCAGAUGCGAGCGAGCGAGAAGGGAUGAUGAUGUUUCUCGCUCGUUUUACGACCGCGUCGACGCGGGCAGACGGAGAAAGUGGCAUAGAAACGACGAUGUCAUACGUUCGCGAUCGGGAAGACGUUUGUCCCGUAUUUUCGGGUGAGAAUAAAUAAUACUAAUUCAUUUUCCUUUUACAGCGAUUCACGAUAUUUGGUGAGAAGAGACGAUCCGCGAUAAAUAUCAAACUGGAGAUAUUUGCUGUCGCCAGCGGGAUUUGUCGUUUCUUGCUGGCUACUAGAUUCGCAUCUGCAUAGUCGCGCCCUAAAUUUUCUUCGGUGCUUUACGUCCGAUUCAGGGCCCACCAGUGGCCAAGCGGUCUUCAUACCCUGAACACUGGGAGUUCGGUCGUGGAUUCGCGCCUCGCUUGGACGGGCUGGCCACGUGGAGUUUUCCGGUUUUCUCCACGUCUAUAACGUCUAAAUAGGGGCCAGUUUCCCGUAAAAAGGCAUCCCCUAAGCAGAUCGCCCAAGUGUUGCGUUGCCAUAACUUGACAAACAACAACAACGUCCGAUUUGGGGGAACCCCUACGAUUAUCCGGAAGUGCCCGGCCAGAGCGCUCAAUUAUUCUUUCCGCGUUCUUUCGGAGCGGGAGAACUCUUCGCUGGCAGCUAAAUGCUGCCUCGAUUCGUUUUCGAAAAUGCAAAAUACCCGGAUCUGGGUCAGUGGCGUAGCAUAGUGGGGGCGGCAAAAUUUCACACAAAAUAAUAAUAUCUUGUAAAAAAUGUGAACCAUUUUAUUUCAUAUUCCCCUCGCACGUACGAUUCGGACCGAUUGAAAU